AUGGCUCGUGGAAAGUUCAACAAACGCGGCGGGGGUCCGCGUUUGGACGCCGUCAACGCCCAGGAGAUUGCCCUCCGCGACGCGCGACUCGCCGACCUGGAAGACGCCCGAGCGGCGCGGCGCUUGGCGGAAGAGGAGGAAGCUGACGGCGACGAAAAGGAUGACACCGAGCCGGCCGGUGCGAAAACCCCCACCCCCGUGGUCGACAACGGCCCCAAGGGGCCGCCCGUGACCACCGAAUAUGAUCACCGGCGAAACAUGGCGAAACUUGCAAUGGUCCGGAAACGGCGGGAAGAAGCAGAAGCCCGACGGCAAGCGGAAGAAGACAUCGAACAACAGCAAGAAGACGAACGGAAAAAAAUGGCCGCAAUGAUUAUUGCCGACCAAGAUGAUGACGACGAAGACGAUAAUGGUAAAAAGAAGAAAAAGAACAAGGACGCGGAAAUACCCAAACUGGACAAAGUCACGAUCAAACGAAUGAAACCGGCACAAAUGAAAGAGGCACUUAAAAUACGUGGUUUGGAUAUUCAAGGAAAUGCCAAAAUUCUCCUAGAGCGAUUGCUGAAAUUCGAAGAAGCUCGCUAA